ACGGAUUCGAAAAGCUUGUUUGGUUUUUGCCAACUUACGUCACAUAUGACGAAGGCGAGAUAUCCGUCUAUCAAUUAAGGGGCGAGUAUACUGCGCGGCAGUUCGUUCAGUUCUACUAUACGGCUGCGAAACAUGGCCUUUAAGAGUUGAAGAUACUCGUAAGUUACUAGUAUUUGACCACAGAUGCCUUAGAAAUAUUGCUCGCAUCUGCUGGGAUCACCGGGUAAGUAAUAGUGAGGUUAGAUGUGGGGUAUUAGGGAAUUAUGGUAAAUCAGUUGAUGAGGUUAUGAAUCUUCAUCGACUGAAAUGGUUGGGCCACGUGUUGCGUAUGCCUGAACACCGAUUACUACGACGCGCAAUGCUCACUGGUGUUAGGGAUAAUUGGAAGAAAGUUAGGGGCGGCCAAACCAAAACGUGGCAUCAGUGCUUGAAGUCACUAACUUCUGGUCUGAACCAUGGUGGUAGAUGCAGACUACUUGGUUGGGGUCCGUGUGAUUAUCGUAACCAAUGGUUGGAGACUCAUGGUGACAUGGCUCAGAAUCGAUCACAAUGGCGCAGGUGUAUACACUCUCUGUCUUCCCUUAAACUAAGAGAUUAAAAUCGCUUCAUAUCUUUCUUUUUGCGAAGUAAUUCUUUCUUCCUGUACUAUCUCUUUAUAUGCAAUCUUUCUU